AUGGAUCCCCCGAGGACUCGGUCGCGGUCGCGUUCAGGUUUCUUUCACUAUGGCAUGAACGGUGGUGGCAACGGCAAUAACGCAAUCAACAAUGGGAACAUGAUGAAUGCCAGUGGAGGGAUCGGGGUGAAUUACCCUCAACAGAACAACCCCGGCUGGGUUCCGCACGGGGCGCGCAGCAGCUAUUCGGAAAACCAGCACACCCAGGGGAACUAUCUGUCCGGUGGGGCGCAACGCCACCCUUCGCACGGAGCACACAGACAUCCCAGCACCGGUAAGCUUCAAGGCUCCCUUUCCAUACGAAUCUAGAUGCAUCACACCCCCUGCAUAGAUUGGUGUACCAUUGUGAUUUUAGAAGGUGCCAGGCUUGACAUGUAAACAGUGCAGUCUUCCUCAUAGCUGUAUAACAGUCCUCGUCAGUGCAGUGUUCUAGCUGUUUGUCUAAAAAGAUAAGAUGCCAACAACCAGAUUUGAUCAUCCAUCCAGUGUAGUCAGGUGGCCAUGAGAGGAAAGGGCAGAGACUCAGUUAGUAGCUUCCUCACUGCUUAUGUGAAAGGCCCGUCCAGUCUGCGUGAUCUUUAAAUUGCCCACAUUUCCAAAGAACAUGAACACAUUUCAAUGAUUGAAAGAUUGCUCAUGUUGCCUUCUCAGAGCAUUUAAAGGACCUUUGAACAAAUGGGGAGUGAGGGAGCUGGACAGGACAGUUGUUGACAUGGUAAAUUGGCAUAUGGAGGUAUGCAGGAUACAUGUUUUGACUUGAUAGCCUAAAUUGUUUUCAGGAAAAGACACUCAUUCUUUGUGCUACACAAUUUAUGUUGUAAUAUACAUAUGCAGCAGUAGGCUUGGGCGAUAUACUGCAUACCAGGGUAUUUCGUAAUACUGACAGUAUAAUUAAGCGGGCACUGCUUAUAACUACACUGCUUAUAACUACACUGAACAAAAAUGUAAACAUAACAUGUAAAGUGUUGGUCCCAUGUUAUACCCCCAGUGGGUGGGCCUGGCUGCCAAGUGGGUGGGCCUAUGCCCUCCCAGGCCCACCCAUGGCUGCACCCCUGCCCAGUCAUGUGAAAUCCAUAGGUUAAGGCCUAAUUCAUUUAUUUCAAUUGACUGAUUUCCUUAUGAACUGUAACUCAGUAAAAUCUUUGAAAUUGUUGCGUUUUAUAUUUUUGUUUAUAUUUUAUAACUAUAAGAAAUCUAAGAUGUGUCAAGUUAUGUCCAGAUCAGGGCUCCAGCUAUGCAUUUGGUUUGCUAGCUAAGUAGUUAGAUGUCAAGAUCACGCUUCUUGGUUACAGCAGAGACAUUCAAUCCCCUGCUGGAUCAAGAUCCCUGUUGCAAAUACCGAAUACACCGGUAUGGUACAGAAAUGGUAUGAUGGUAUGAACAUCUGGAUAUUGCCAAACACUGAGGCAGUAGACAUCAUUGAGCUAUGAGAAUACUGCCCCAUAUGGUGGGAUAGAACACACACAGAAGAGUUUCCCAUAUGAGCCAUAAUGGCAUGUUGACACAGUGAUGGUUACUGUCAGUCAUGCUUUCAACAGUGAGUCGGUCUGUGUUUACUCAGUAGUCUUUUGUGGGUUCCACUAACCUCUGAAGAAACGGGCUACCAUUAUAACAGAGUGGAUCACCUAGAGACAGAAAGGCCUAUUAAUGAAUGCAAGCUUUUAAUGGAGAGCUUUUGUAAUAGCACGUUCGCCAUCCAGACCUAAAAUAACACUUGCACAGACGCACACUUUUGAACACGCUUGUGCGGCACACACACACACUCCCUUCUCUAAGCAACUGCAGAUGCCUCUACUUGAAUACCCUGUGUAUGUGAUUUACAGUGUGUGUGCUGUGAGCAGAGCUCUCGGCAUGUCACGCCUCUGAACAUCACUUUCAGGGGAAUGUGUUAGGACUGGAUUUGGAGGUGUUGAAAAUGUGUCUGUGCAUUUUGCCACCAUUUCUCUCCCUCUAUGAGCUCAAACAGACAAACUGCAUGUUUUGGGCUUGUGGAAGAGCAGCUUAGACUAGUGGCUCAAUCCUGGAACCAGGGGGCAUUAUGCAGCUGCUGGCUCAAGUAGGUGCCUUUUCUGUACUGAGGACCAGAUACUAGGACUACGCAUUAUAACCUGGCAAUCCUCACCCAGCCCAAUGUCUGGAUCUCUGUCCCUCCCUGUCCCUGUCGGAGCUGAGCGCCAGUCGCGUGGCUGCUGUGUUCUGUUCUGCUGGCUCCACUGGCGGGGCGUCUUUGAGCUGUCACUCUCCCCCGACUUCACAGCGAUGGGAUCGCUCUCAGAUCUGUUGUUUCUGAAGCGACUGAGGGAGGGAGUGAGGGGACUAGUUGGGGGGGGGGGAGAGGAGGAUGGGGAGGGAGAUGUUUUUGGUUUUUAGAGGACUGUUUUAAAGCAAACUCCAUCCGCACAGUUCAAGGGCAUCUCUGCCUGUUGGAGAUUUGAAGGGAUUGUGUGUCUGUGUAAGAUUGAGGCAGCAGAGGGGGUCGUUUUUUUAUUUGAGAUCAGAGAACAGCGAGAUUAUUAUGUUAAAUCUUAGAGAAUGGUUCUCCCUCUUGUCAGUGGCAGACAGAGGGAACACUGUCUGACUGAACCAGGCAAUUCAAAGCCCUACACCAGCGUUUCCCAUAUUCAUCCUCGGGACCCCCAAGGGGUGCACAUUUUUUUCUCUUUUCGCUAGCACUACACAGCUGAUUCAAAUGAUCAAAGCGUGUAGAUUUGAAUCAGCUAUGUAGUGCUAGGGCAAAAAACUAAACGUGCACCCCUUGGGGUUCCGAGGACCGAGUUUGGGAAACCCUGCCCUAGACUGAGCAGACUUUAUCCAGCUAUAAUACGUGCGCAUUUGUUCCCUCAGAGUUUAGACACAAUUUGGGCCGCUACUUUCUCUACAGAUGGUAAUAGCCGAGAAGGUUAAAAGGAGCAUGACUGCUGGUGUGUACCUGUUAGACAGGCCCAAGUCUGAGCUUUGAGGUUUUGUAAGCUAAAUGACUCAAAUGUAAAUGUGUAGCCUAUAGCCUGGUUUGACCCUCCUGUUCUCUCUGUGGCCUGUAGGAGGGGUCCUGCACUUCCACCCUGAUAACGUCUGCAGUGAUGAGCGGGACAAGGUGAGUAUAUUUACCUCUCCCUAUUGUACCAGCACAGCAGUAGGAAUGCUAUAGCCUUACUUAACACCAUGCUGUCUUUCUACUCCCUCUCUCUCUUUCUGUUUCUCUGUGUCUCAUCUGUAGAUGGAGGACAGUCCUAGCCCUAAGCGACAGCGUCUUUCCCAGCAGUGUAUUUUAGAUCUAAGCUCUGCCCCUCCCCCCACCCCAUCCUCUCCCAUCCGUCCCUGGGAGCUACCCCACACCCCCACAACCUGGGCCACACCCCCACCCAGUCGCAGGCCACACCCCCACUACCUGCCAGAGCGAUGCCACACACCCGUUCGCACCCGCCGCAGGUAUGUGUGUGUCAAUGUUACAAUGGGUCCGCAUCAGUAUAUAGUCAUUCUUCCUUGGGGCAUUAUCUGUUGUGAUAUGAUGAGGAUGUUUGGUAGAAAUUAUGAUUUAGUAAUGUCAAGUGCCCUCUCUCCCCAGUCCUCCAAUGAGACGCCAGCGUGGCCGCCGUGACCGUCUCACCUCCCACCCUCAUCACCACUCCCACCCCCACCACCAUCACCACCACUACCACCACCAUCACCACAACCCUCACCAUCAUCAUUCUCACCCUCACCCCCACCACGGCCUCUCAGCAGGGCCUCAGGAUGAGAACUACCGCCACCUCGUCCCCCCUCAGAGUUACCCCUACAACCAGCAACCUCCCCGGGGGCCAGAGGAACGCCCCUACCACUCCCCCAACCUAUCCCCACGCCCCCUCCUCCACCCUCCUAACCUGUCCCCCAGGCUGAUGCACCCUGCCGCCCACACCCAGCACUCCCAUCCUCAUCCCCACCCCCCUCAGCAGCAGAGCAGUGUGGUGCUGGACCUCCAUGACCAGGUCAGUGGGGAAACAAGAAGCCAUUUUGUUUGUUUGUAUAGUUGUCAAUAAAACAUUAUUUAAUUUGAUUAGAGGCAUCUUUAUCCUUCUAUUUGGGCAUUCAGAUAACGUGGUUGUUUGAACUCUGACCUUUGACUUCUGCUCCCAGGGUUCUUCUCAGGUGUCGUAUCCGGUCUCUCCCCCUGGCGCCCCCCCCGGCCUGUCCCCCCGCUCUGCCCCCCAGCAGCUCCCAGCAUGCUCGGUGGUCUUCAGUGGGCAGCACUACCCUGUCUGCAGUGUCCCUCCAUCGGUAUGUUCAACUAAUCUGUCUGAUACAGUUCAUACUGUAUGCCUACUUCAUAUGGGUCUAAUUCCCUCCCUGUUUUCUAUCAGUGUGUAUGUUAAUGUGUACAUAAUGAAUCAUUUACCUCUCAUCUAUAUUGUAAUAGAAUAAUGUAUUUUAAAUGUCUCCCUCUCUGUCUCAGGUUCUGCAGACAUGCUCUGUGCAGCACCUGCCCAUGCCCUACCCGUUCCCCUCCCUGCUGUCCAGUGACACCUUUCUUCUGCCCCCUCCCCACCUGUCCCACCACCCCCCUCACCUCUCCCACCAUCCUCCUCACCUCCCCCAGCCCGGACAGUUUGGUCCCUACCCCACACAGCAGGCCAGAUCGGUGAGUGGCAUUAGCAAUUUGAACCUCAUUAGCGACUUAAAGCAGUAUUUUAGUUAGUAAUUGAACUUGUAGUUAGUAAUUUAACUAUUUGAGUAGCUCUGCUUGCUCUCAUGUAAUCAAAAAGUUCCCACCCCUCUCUCUCUCUCUCUCUCUCUCUCUUCCUCCUAGCCAUUACAGAGGAUAGAGAAUGACGUGGAACUGUUGGGGGAGCACCUGUCCUUAGGGGCUGGUCUCCACUACCCCCCCGCAGCCCACCCCGGCCUGCCACCCCACUCCACACAGCUCCACUUCCUUUCCCAUGAUCCUCUGCCACAGGAGUUCUUUGGAGUGGUGAGUGUCUCCAUUCUCCUCAAACCACCUUUAUCACAUAUCAGGGUGAUUGUUGCAUCUUUAUCUUUUAAGCCAUUUAAUAAAAAAAUUAGCAUUACCAGCAAUGUUAAUGAUUUUACAUCUCUUCUCUCAGUCGUAUCCCAGCUUCAUGCCACGACGUAUCCCAGGACGACGCUACCGCUCCCAGCAGCCACUGCCACCCUCGCCUUACCACCCCAGUUUCCUGCCUUACUUCCUGUAAGUCCACCAUCCGCUUCUAGCUCGGCAUCAUGGGUGUUGUAGUUUAGAGAAUCUAGAGACGCUGCCAUAUUGUUUGGAAGUAGCCUACUCUUGUGGCACAGCAUAUUUGUGCGAAUACUGUUGAGCUUUCAUGUACAGUAUGUAUCUGCCACUCUCCUCAGUUCUAAUGAGCUGUGUAGGCACGCAGUGUCUGUAGGUAAGUGUGUUUCUCUCCCUCUGUCAGCUCCAUGCUGCCAGUCCAGCCUACAGGCCCUGCCAUCAGCCUGGAGCUAGACGUAGAUGACGGAGAGGUGGAGAACUAUGAGGCCCUUCUCAACCUGGCCGAGCGUCUGGGAGAGGCCAAACUCAGAGGACUGACCAAGGGAGACAUCGAGCAGCUGCCUUCCUAUAGGUUCAACCCCAACAACCACCAAUCAGAACAGACGCUGUGAGUACUUCCCCUAUCAGAACUGAGUAUGAGGAUAUUAUCCUCCGGACUUACCAAUCGGAGUAUACAGUUGGUGUUGUGUUGGCGUUUCUGUUGUAAUAACGUUUUACUGUUGUAUUGCAGGUGUGUGGUGUGUAUGAGUGACUUUGAGUCUCGUCAGCUGCUGAGAGUUCUACCCUGCAGUCAUGAGUUCCAUGGAAAGUGUGUGGACAAGUGGCUCAGGGUGAGUUUCUCUCGCUCCAGUAUUUCACAAUUCAGGAUCAACUAGUUGGCAAACAUACUUUCCUAGAUACUGUGAAACGUCUUCAUACUUAGUUCUCGAUCCAACUGAAGUUCCCUCAAACCCAGAAAAUCUAGUUGUUUCCUGUCCCUGCAGGUUAACUGACAUUGUCACCCUCCCUCCCUCUCUGGUUGUCCCUCUCCAGGCUAACAGGACGUGUCCCAUCUGUAGGGCUGAUGCCUCAGAGGUCCAGCGAGACUCAGAGUGACCAGUAGGGGGAGACAACCACGCCUACAGUUGUAGCACUGCCCUCCAUCUCUCCUUUAGGCUCUUGCCCUUCUUUCCUCUCUUUAUACUCAAACUCCAUUCCCAGUGGUCCGGCACACACCCCUUGCAUCUCUCUAGCUCUGAAUGUCCUUCAGCUGGUGUGUGUGCGCACAUGCAAGUGUCUUUCCGUAUGAUUCCUGGUGUUGGUAUCUACCAGCGUUGAGAGUGUGAAUGAGACUGUAUUUGAGUGUCUCUGAUCAUGUGUGUGAGGUAUGUGUGUGUUUAGACUUGGGUGUCCACACAGCCCUCUCCAUGUAGUUGACACUUAAAGGUCCAUGCCACUCCGCUGCCUCUCUGUAGCCUGAACUAGUUUCUGUUAGUUUUUCUUUAGUUUGUCUGCCUGGCUGUUUACCUCAUCAUUCCUGUUGCUCUUUGUUACCACGACAACG